UAGCUGUUGAUAUAUGAACAAGAGAAGUUGCCGGGCGACUUUGACGAUGCAGACGUCAGGGAAUUCUUGCUGUUCAGAUAGCACAAGUUGAUACUCUGUUAUUUCGCCAUGUCUUCCAAUAACACGACACUCCGGCGGCUCAUGAAGGAAGCACAAGAGCUCUCUCCCUCUUCCUCAUCCCCAUCACCUUAUUUCCAUGCCCAUCCGGUAUCAGAUUCAAACCUCUUCGAUUGGCAUUUUACUCUCGCGGGGCCUCCUGCUCCCUCGCCUUACGCUGAUGGCAUAUACCAUGGCCGUAUCGUCCUCCCCCCGCAAUACCCUCUACGCCCUCCAUCAUUUCGUUUCUUGACCCCGUCUGGCCGGUUUGAGGUAAAUCGCGAGAUAUGCCUGAGUAUUAGCGGACACCAUGAGCAAACAUGGCAGCCAGCAUGGGGAAUUCGAACUGCCCUGACUGCAAUAAGAAGCUUCAUGGACGGUGAGCCCAAGGGUCAAGUCGGUGGACUAGAUGCAAGUAGUGAAGCUAGGAAAGACUGGGCCAGAAGGAGUAGAGACUGGGUGUGUCCAACCUGCUCAGAAGGAAAGACAAACGCAGAUAUUUUAGCGGAGUGGCAGGAAAUAUGUCGUGAGAAAGGUGUGAAUGUUGACAAUGAGGGUAGGCCGGAGGGAAAGCAGGAUGUCGCUGAUGCUGUUCCUUAUGGCCUUAAAUUUGGAUAUCGCGAUGAAUUGGAGAAGGGAACGUCUAAGCCAGAUUCAGAGCCGGUUCAAAAGUCGGCUCCUACACCCCACUUAGACAAUGGUAAUAGGGAAGCAUCUCAACCGACCUCGUCACAUUCCGACAAUGAUACUCCUGCCACAGCCGCAAGGAGCUCGCAUCGGACAGAGAUCCACUCGGAUGCGACCCUGAACUCCGCAGACAUCCGAAGCCAGACGUCACCACCACAUCAUGGACAAGCGCAAAUGUUGGCUAGAAAUCCUCAGCAAGCUGAAGGACCCUGGCUAGACAGGGCCAUUAUAGGCAUUAUAUGUGCUUUGGCAUUUGUCAUUCUUCGGAAGGUACUGUUUACCCCCGCGGAAAUUUAA